CCUGUCAGUCAAAUGCUGUCACGGGGUUCGGUUGAGAGGUCGCUGUUUUCCACGUCAGUGUGUUUACCAGGACUUGAUUGACAGCCACGGGAAGCUCCGUAAUUCAUUCUACAAUGGAUCUUUUUUGAGGACUGUGUUUGGAGGAGCAGUUCUAGGAUAUAACGCUGUUGUGCAGUAAAAUGUCUGAGUGAAUUUAGCUCAACUGUCUCUGCAAAUCGAACUUCUGUUGGGCAGCUAGCUGCUAGCUUACCGAGCUAGGCUAGGGCGUCUUUUUAAAGUCGGCGGUCAAACUCAGAUUGCAGAAUGGUGGACAAGAGUAUCUACAUUGUCCAGGGUGAAAUCAGCACUGUUGUUGGGGCCAUCAAGAGGAACUCCAGAUGGAACACACACACAACACUGGAUGAAGAACAGGAUCCACUGUUGAACAGUUUUGGGCAACUCAAGGAUCUACUGAACAACAUCAAAGAGCUGGCUGAUGUUGAGCCCAACAUUUUCCUGAGGCCUUUCCUGGAAGUGGUGCGCUCUGAAGAUACAACUGGACCUAUCACAGGCCUCGCCCUUACCUCGGUCAACAAGUUCCUUUCGUACGGCCUUAUAGAUGCAAAUCAUGAAGCAGCAGCUGAGGCCAUCGAGAACAUGGCAGAUGCUGUCACACAUGCCAGAUUUGUGGGAACAGAUCCAGCGAGCGAUGAAGUGGUGCUUAUGAAAAUUCUACAGGUCUUGAGGACUCUGCUGCUCACUCCUGUCGGAGCCCAUCUGACCAACGAGUCUGUCUGUGAGAUCAUGCAGUCCUGCUUCCGAAUCUGCUUUGAGAUGCGUCUGAGUGAGCUCCUCAGGAAAUCAGCUGAGCACACACUGGUUGAUAUGGUGCAGCUACUGUUCUCCAGACUUCCCCAAUUCAAAGAAGAGGCCAAGAGUUACGUUGGUGCCAACAUGAAGAAGGCUUACAAUAUCUUGUGGAAAAACAAACGUGUGCAGCUGAAGAUGCGGGCUGGCGGCAUGAGUGAGUCCUCUAAAUGGAAGAAACAGAAACGCUCCCCAAGACCACCCCGUCACCUGGUCCAGAAUCCUCCUGGCCAAGCCGACCCCACCCAGUCUGGCACCCUGAGCAACAACAUGUUGUCUGGUGGAGUCCCCUUCAUCGAGCCCAGUUCCUCCACCUCUUCUAUUCCAGCCUCGGACAGUGCUGGCUCCUCCAUCUCCAGUCCUUCAGCCACGGACAGUGGCCUGGAGACAGGUUCUAAAGCUACCUCCAGAGAAGACCUGUCUGACCUGGACCAGUGUGGCUCAACCACGCCAAACAGUCCCUCUGCCCUCCCAAGUACAGAGCUUGCAUCUCCAGAUGGACCUGGAGGCCUGCAGUCGGUGCUUGAGGAUAAAGACUCUGCGUAUCAGUCCGACGCCACCUCAGUUCAUGAUAUGGACUAUGUAAACCCCAGAGGCGUCCGCUUCACGCAGUCCACACAGAGAGAUGGAACAUCGCUGGUCCCCUAUGGCCUGCCUUGUCUGAGGGAGCUCUUCCGUUUCCUGAUCUCAUUGACUAACCCACAUGACCGCCACAACACUGACGCCAUGAUGCACAUGGGCCUGCAGUUACUGACAGUUGCACUGGAGUCUGCGCACAUCUCUAACUACCAGUCUCUGCUUGGGCUGGUGAAGGACGAGCUCUGCAGACAUCUAUUCCAGUUGUUAAGUGUGGAUCGGAUGAACCUCUACGCCUCAUCCAUACGAGUGUGCUUCCUGCUGUUCGAAAGCAUGAGAGUGAAUCUGAAGUUCCAGUUAGAAAUGUACCUGAAGAAACUGAUGGACAUCACCACGUCUGAGAACGUCAAAAUGCCGUACGAGAUGAAGGAGAUGGCUCUAGAGGCACUUGUCCAGCUGUGGCGCAUCCCCAGUUUUGUCACUGAGCUCUACAUCAACUACGACUGUGACUUCUACUGCUCCAACCUGUUUGAAGAUCUCACCAAGCUGCUGUCAAAGAAUGCCUUUCCUGUCUCCGGGCAGCUCUACACUACACACCUCCUGUCAUUAGAAGCUCUGCUGACUGUGAUCGACAGCACAGAGUCUCACUGCCAGGCCAAGGUCCUCAACAGCACUGCAGUCCCGGAGCAGUCGGACACUCUGGCGGGAACUGAUUCUGGGAACACUGGACCUGAGACCACUUCUGAUCCCACUAUGCAGGUCAAUGGUGCGAGUUUGCCUCAGGGUGACAAUCAAGCAGUGGGUCCACCCACCAGUGGACGUCUGAUGGCAGAGAAGAUGAGACUAGGACGUCAGGAUCAAGGAGAUGGUGAGGCAGCUGAGAAGAAACCUCCAAAAACACCUCAGCGCUUCUCCUCAUGCUUGCCUGACUCCCAGGAGUUGGUAGAAAUCCGAACAAAGAAGAAGCUGCUCAUUACAGGGACAGAGCAGUUUAACCAGAAGCCUAAGAAGGGAAUUCAGUUUCUCCAAGAAAAAGGGCUCCUCAGUAAUCCUUUGGACAACAACCAGGUGGCCCAAUGGCUCCGGGAAAACCCCAGACUGGACAAGAAGAUGAUUGGAGAAUACAUCAGCGAUCGCAAGAACAUGGAGCUUCUGGACAGCUUUGUCAACACAUUCACCUUCCAGGGUUUGCGUAUCGACGAGGCGCUGAGGCUCUACCUGGAGGCCUUCAGGUUACCCGGAGAAGCCCCCGUAAUCCAGAGGCUCUUGGAAACCUUCACUGACAACUGGCAUAAAGUCAAUGGGUCCCCUUUCAUGACCAAUGAUGCUGGCUUUGCUUUGGCCUACGCUGUUAUAAUGCUCAACACUGACCAGCACAACCACAACGUCCGCAAGCAAAACAUCCCAAUGACCGUGGAGCAAUUCAAGAAAAACCUUAAGGGCGUGAAUGGAAACAAAGACUUUGACCAGGACAUGUUGGAGGAUAUCUACAACGCUAUCAAGAAUGAGGAGAUUGUGAUGCCCGAUGAGCAGACAGGUUUGGUGAAGGAGAACUAUGUUUGGAGCGUGCUGCUUCACCGCGGCGCCACACCAGAGGGCUUGUUCCUUCACCUGCCGGCGGGCAGCUACGACCACGACCUGUUCACCAUGACCUGGGGUCCCACCAUCGCUGCACUGUCGUACGUUUUCGACAAGAGUCUGGAUGAAAACAUCCUCCAAAAGGCCAUCACCGGCUUCAGGAAAUGUGCCAUGAUCGCAGCUCACUAUGGCUUCAGUGACGUUUUUGACAAUCUGAUCAUCUCUCUGUGCAAGUUCACCACUCUCAGCAGCGAGUCGGUGGAAAACCUCCCUUCGGUGUUCGGCAGCAACAGUAAGGCACAAACGGCUGCCAAGACCGUAUUUGACCUCGCUCAUCGCCACGGUAACAUCCUGAGAGAAGGCUGGAAGAACAUCAUGGAGUCCAUGCUGCAGCUGUUCAGAGCUGAACUGCUGCCCAAAGCCAUGGUGGAGGUGGAGGAUUUCAUUGAACCGAACGGGAAGAUUUCUCUUCAGCGAGAGGAAACUCCAUCGAACCGUGGUGAGUCUGCAGUUUUGAGUUUUGUCAACUGGCUGACUUUGAGUGGAGCGGAGCAGUCCGGACUCCGAGGACCGUCAAUGGAGAAUCAGGAGGCCAAACAAGCUGCCGUGCUCUGCAUAAAGCAGUGUGACCCGGAGAAGCUGGUCACAGAGAGCAAAUUCCUGCAACUGGAGUCGCUGCAAGAACUGAUGAAGGCCCUGAUCUCAGUCACCCCGGAUGAAGAGACGUACGAUGAGGAGGAUGCUGCCUUCUGCUUGGAGAUGUUGCUCCGCAUUGUUCUGGAGAACAGAGACCGUGUGACGUGUGUGUGGCAAACUGUGCGUGACCAUCUCUGCCACCUUUGUGUCCACGCAAACGAGAGCUGCUUCCUGGUGGAGAGAGCUGUGGUGGGGCUGCUGCGGCUGGCCAUUCGUCUGCUACGGAGGGAGGACAUCAGCUCCCAGGUGUUGCUGUCUCUGCGUCUACUGCUGAUGAUGAAGCCUCAUGUCCUGUCCCGGGUCAGUAGAGAGGUGGCCUUUGGCCUUCAUGAGCUGCUCAAGACCAACGCGGCCAACAUCCACAGCACAGAGCACUGGUACACGCUCUUCUCCCUGCUGGAGUGCAUCGGUGCUGGAGUGAAACCUCCCGCCUCCUUCCAGAUCAGCGCUGGCACCAGCGACACCGACACAGGUGCUCAGUCUGACAGUGAGCUUCCGUCCAAUCACCCGAGUGAAGUCACUCUGGACCGAGGCUACACAUCAGACUCUGAGGUCUACACAGACCACAGCAAGUCCAGGAUCCCUCGCUCCGCCACCGAUGUGGAUGUGGCCAGCGGCGGAUGGUUGGUGGUCAGCAAAGAUGACCCGGACACCUGCGUUACUCCUCCGCUGGGCUCAAAAGCCCAGCUGAAUCACCCAUUAGUGAACCAGUACAGUCUGACUCUGGGUCUGGACCUGGGCCAACAUGACACCAAGUCUCUCAUCAAGUGUGUGGAGACCUUGUCUUUCAUUGUCCGGGACGCAGCCCACGUCACGCCAGACAACUUUGAGCUGUGUGUGCGAGCCAUCCGGGUGUUUGUGGAGGCCAGCCUGAACGGAGGCUACCGCAACCACGACAAGAAGAAGAGCCACAAGUACGACUCGUCCAAGUCCCGCAUGAGGAAAAAGGCUGGAGGGAAAGAGAAGGAGGGCGCAGGAGGCACUCGGCGAGGGAGCAGUCGAGCCUCCAGUCAGCGCUUGUCACGCUCCCAUAGUGACGAAGAAGAGGACGAGGGUGUCCCGGCCAGCUACCACACUGUGUCUUUACAGGUUAGUCAGGAUCUGCUGGACCUGAUGCACACGCUCCACACCCGAGCUGCCAGCAUCUACAGCUCAUGGGCAGAGGAACAGCGCCACCUAGACACUGCAGGGAAGAGGAUUGAGGCGGACUCACAGACUCUGUGGACCAGCUGUUGGUGUCCACUGCUGCAAGGCAUCGCGUGGCUGUGCUGUGAUGCCCGGCGUCAGGUCCGCAUGCAGGCCCUCACCUACCUCCAGAGGGCGCUGCUGGUCCACGACCUGCAGACCCUCGACGCCACAGAGUGGGAGUCCUGCUUCAACAAGGUGCUGUUCCCCUUGCUGACCAAGCUCCUGGACAACAUCAGCCCUGCAGAUGUUGGUGGCAUGGAGGAGACCAGGAUGAGAGCCUGUACACUCCUGUCCAAGGUUUUCCUCCAACACCUGUCCCCCUUGCUGUCCCUGCCCACCUUCGCCGCUCUGUGGCUCACCAUCCUGGACUUCAUGGACAAGUACAUGCAUGCUGGAUCCAGCGACCUGCUGCUGGAGGCCAUCCCAGAGUCCCUGAAGAACAUGCUGCUGGUGAUGGACACGGCCGGCAUCUUCCACAGCGCCGACUCCAGGACGGGCUACUCGGACCUGUGGGAGAUCACCUGGGAGCGAAUCGUCUGCUUCCUGCCAAACCUCAGGGAGGAGCUGUUCAAGCAGACGGUGAUAGCAGAUCCUGUGCCUAGCCCUCCAGCAGAGCCCGUGCAGCCCACGCCUCCAGGAGCUCACCCUGCCUCCCCUCAGGGGUCUUCAGUUCCAGCCCAACAGACCCCCGCGUCACCGCCCGCAGCCGCACCUCCAGCAGAACCGCGGACACCCAGCAGACCUGCGUCACCUCAGGAGACUCCAGCAUCCAGUGCCAACGGAGCAGGGCGCUCGUCCCCGGUGCCAGUGACGGCCCCUUCCAUCCAGGCUCCCUCCCCUCUGAGCCAGUCUCCCCUCCUCAUCCAGCCCCUGGCCUCACCCCUGCAGAUGGGGGUCCCGCCCAUGUCCCUGCCAAUCAUCCUGAACCCCGCCCUCAUCGAGGCCACCUCCCCUGUCCCGCUGCUGCCCGGCCCACGGCCCACUAGCCCCUCCAACGAGGUGAAGUAGCCAGGCAGCAGGGGGGUCUCUGAAGGACGAUCCUGAAGACCAAAAUAGUCCUUUCCUAAUUGUCAACGAUGAUCGCUGCGUGUGUGUAUGUGUGUGUGUAUUCAGCUACGAGGAUACGCAUCACCUUUGACCUCCUCCGAUGGUGGUUGGGGUCCUCAGUCCUCAUCCAGUAUGUUUGCAGCUGAAAGUGAACGAGUGCUUGGAGCGAUUUAACUUAUCAGUCAUGUGAUCAGGGGCGGAGUUACUGCCCACCUUGAGAUUAUCAUCUUCACCUGCAGAGAGCUGCUUCCUCGCACCUGCUGCUGAGAGUCGCCAGAACUUUGGACUCAUGUCCCACACUGAGCCUCGGGCCUGGUGUUUUCAGUCAGUCAGCGGCGCAGCAGCGGGACGCAGACGUCAAGGCUGUGAUCAUGUGAUUCCAUUGGUCCCAUGUAGACUCUCGUCCACCGGACAAAGGUGGGUGGGUCUCACUCAGUGGAGCUGACGCUUCCUCGCCAGCCAAGUCGGUGUUGUGCUCGGAUCCUCGCUGUGUUCUGACGUGUCAGUCAUGUGGACGUGCCUGCAGAGAGCCCAGAACCACACUUUAUUUAUUCAGCUGCAGUUCCUGAGCGCAGAGUCAGGAGCCGAGGUGAAGGUGAAACAUGAUGUGUAAAUAUAUCGGAGAGAGACCUGUACUUUUUAUCAUAUAAUAAAUAUUACUGAAGGAACCCCAGUGUCUCUUCCUCUGCUCUGCAGAAGAGAGGGAACCCUGUCGCUACAUUUCUCAGGAUGUUGGGAGACAGUGAGGUCACCUGGUGCCGGACUGAAAACUGACUGGACUCCUCCCACUGACAAAUGAUGAAAGCCUCAAGUGUUCCACUCCAGGUCUCUGGGGGAUGAUUGAGCUCCGAGUUUGUAGAAACUUGAACUCACAUCGAGACCUUCGGUGUCAAGAACAAGUGACCUCCACUCCUGGGGAGGUCAACCGUGGUGACCGUCAGGUGAGACUCAUCUCUACAUUAACCCAGAAAGAUUGUAUGUUUGGUUUUUAUUAACAUUAUAGCAUUUCGUGUUCAUUUUUUUUUUUUUUUAAAUGAGAGAUCGGUCAUAUAUGCAUUAAACUCAGCACAGGUGUCUUAAGACAAAAGCACUGAGGUGGUUGAAGCAAUCCUCGUGUCCGGCCUGUAGUGUGCGUCAGAGCUGCCACCUUCUGAUGACGUUGCGUCAUUUUUUUGUCCCACGUUUUCAUUAUGAAAACCAUGUCAAACCUUCGUAAAGUGCGCUACUGACUCUUCAACUUCAUGUUGUCAACCAUGCUGUCCUCGCCCCUAACUACGCAGAUAUGAUUUAAAAAAUAGUCCCUCAACGCGCCGCUGGAGCGUCUUCUUCGCCUGCUCAACAUACGCUCUGGUUCAGU